AUCUAAAAAGAGAAAAGUUAUUGAUAAUUAAGCUGACUUUGUUGGUCAUCUUAUUAAAUACUUGACUUAAUUUGUUGGACAGCAAGGAAGAGUGAGUCAGGGUGGUAGAUGAUAAACCCUCUCAGCUUUUGUAUGCAUCACAGUCAACUUUUCUCUUAGUCAUCUUGUAUAUAAAGAAUCACAUGUUCAUGAAAACUUAUUAUUUGUCUCAAAAUAGUGAAAGAAGAAGAAGAAGAAGAAGAAAAGGUUUAGGUCUAGUAGUGUGUGAAAAUAAAUAAAUAGCUAAAGCUUUUUUAAUUUAGGGACUAGCUAGGGAAUAUAUAUUAUAUAUAUGUUAUAGAGAGUUUAGGCCUAUACAUACAGGAGUUGAAUGGGAAGACCUCCUUGCUGUGAUAAGGUAGGAAUCAAGAAAGGUCCAUGGACACCUGAAGAAGAUAUCAUCUUAGUUUCGUACAUUCAACAAAAUGGACCAGGAAACUGGAGAUUAGUUCCUACUAACACUGGGUUGAUGAGAUGCAGCAAGAGCUGCAGGCUAAGAUGGACUAAUUACCUUAGACCCGGAAUCAAGCGCGGUAAUUUUACUCCCCAUGAAGAAGGAAUGAUUAUUCAUCUCCGGUCCUUAUUGGGCAACAAAUGGGCAGCAAUAGCUUCAUACCUUCCACAAAGAACAGACAAUGAUAUAAAGAAUUAUUGGAAUACACACUUGAAGAAAAAGAUCAAUAAAUUUCAAUCAGCAUUAAAUCCUCCUUCGCCUCCUCUUCAUCAAGUGAUUGCAUCAAACUCAACUAUUUUCGCUCAUCGACAUCAUGAUUUGUGCUACACUGACAAAUCAGAUGACCGAAGUACUACUAAUCCAUCACUACUUGAUCAUCAUAUCAUGAUUAACCACGGUACAACUACUACUACUAGUGGUGGUGCUACUUACGCUUCAAGUACGGAAAACAUUUCAAGACUCUUAGAAGGAUGGAUGAGAUCGUCUCCGAAACUUAAUUCUAAUAAGAAAUAUAUUUUGCCAAAUACCAGUCCUCCUAUUGAAAGCAAUAAAGAGGAAGAAACGGGGAAUAAACUUCAUCAUCAUGAGCAAGAAAGCUGUGAUAUCAUAUCUUCGUCACAUGAAGAUUUUGAUUCACUUUUAUCUUUUGAGAAUAUGAACUGCAACAUACCUUGGGAGAAAUUAUCUACAUCAUCAAAUGAUAUCGACCUUGACCAGAAAAUGAGAUCUUUUCCGGAAACAAAUACCAUCCAAAAUUUAGUGGAGAACGGCCAGCAACAACAGCAACAACCAUUUAGGUUGUUUGAGAAAUGGCUCCUAGAUGAAGCAGCAGUACGUCAAGGUAUUGUAGAAUUGUCUUCAUUAAAUGAUGAUCAUAGUUUUGGUCAUGAUAUGUAGUCCCUGAAGAUCAUAUUUCGAUAACUGUACGUGUAAAUGUAUUAUUGGCUAUACGAUAAAAGAAUAUAUCGAAUCUACAUGUAAUGUUUGA